AUGCAGAGCACGAGUUCCACGUCGAGCGGCUCCUGCUCCAGGCCUCUCGAGGGUUCCACGCUAAAUUCCGGCGGCAGUGCCGAGAACGUGGCCCGCGAGGGAGGCAGUGGCGAGGACAGCGUCGGCAUCGGCGAUGAGAAUCCCUCGGGCAGCAGCGCCGCCACUAACGGACACGACUCCAAACACAACGGCUUUAUUGUCAACAAUGGCAGCAGCAGUCGUAUCGUCGACGGCGAAAACAAUCGGGAAAACACCAGCUACAGCGGUGUGCAGCUGGACAAGUCCAAUCAGGAGAUUAUCCGACUGAUCGGGCAGUAUCUACACGACGUGGGGCUCGAUAAGUCGGUGCAGACGCUCAUGUUGGAAUCCGGAUGCUAUUUGGAGCACCCUUCUGCAACCAAGUUUAGGGAGCACGUCCUAAUGGGAGACUGGUCAAAGGCAGAUUCAGACCUUAAGGACUUGGAGCCAUUAAUCGACAAUGGAAAAUUGGCAACGAUCACCGAAAUGAAGUUCAUAUUGCUGGAGCAAAAGUAUUUAGAGCAUUUGGAUGAUGGGAAUCCUUUGGACGCCCUUCACGUCCUUCGCAGCGAGCUUACUCCCCUGCAGCAUAACAUAACGCGUGUGCACCAGCUGUCCUCCUACAUGAUGUGUUCUACCAACCAAGACCUUUACCAGCGCGCCAAGUGGGAGGGCAAGGGCAUCCUGUCGCGGGCCUUGGUCAUGGAGCGCCUACAGACAUUUAUGCCGCCGUCGGUGAUGAUGUCGCCACGGCGCCUGCGCACCCUGCUGCAGCAGGCCGUGGAGCUGCAGAGCCAGCACUGCCCCUGCCACGACAUGGCGUGGGAGACGAAUCUGGAGACAGUUUCGCUGCUUACCGACCACUGCUGCACCACGGACGGCUUUCCCAUGCAAACUAUACAGAUCCUUACCGACCACUGCGACGAGGUGUGGUUCUGCAAGUUCUCGCCCGACGGCCUCAAAUUGGCGACGGGAAGCAAAGACUCCACUGUGAUUAUCUGGGAUGUUGAUCCGUACAAGCUGACCCUCAAGCACCGUCGCGUUCUCGACGGUCAGGCCCAGCUCAGCGUGAGCUUCGUCAGCUGGAGUCCCGACUCCAAGCUCAUCCUUGUCGGCGGCACCGAGGAUUCCCACGAGCUCUACAUCUGGAACGUAGACGAUGGCAAGCUGGUGGUCAAAUUCUCGCAGUCUCUGGAGGACAGCCUGGCCUGCGGUGCUUUCAGUCGCGAUGGCGCUCGCUUCGUCUGCGGUGGCCAGAAGGGUCAGCUUUAUCUAUGCGACCUUAACGGCACCAUAGUCGACUCCUGGGAGGGAGUGCGCGUCAACAGCAUAGCCUUUCGGGCAGACAACAAAACGAUCUUAGCGGCCGAUAAUCAUUACCGAAUCAGAGGGUACAACUUUGAUAGCCCGCGUUCAGACUUUGAUAUUCUGAGGGAGCCACAUCCCAUAAUGACCUUCAGCAUCAACUCCGCCGACCGAUUGGCCUUGCUGAACGUCUCAAACCAAGGCCUUCACCUCUGGGACAUCGAGGACAAGUGCCUUGUGCGCCGUUUUCAAGGUAUACGUCAGAGCAACUUCGCUAUCCACUCCUGCUUCGGAGGCGUUAACGAGAGCUUCGUGGCCAGCGGCAGCGAGGACAAGGUCGUCUACAUUUGGCACAUCAAGCGCGAGGAGCCGUUGGCCAAGCUGGCCGGGCACACCAAGACGGUGAACUGCGUGUCCUGGAACCCCGUGUACCCGUCCCUGCUGGCCAGCGCCAGCGAUGACGCCACCGUUAGGAUUUGGGGACCGAAGCCCAACGGCAGCAGUGCAACGACUGAGAGCGACGAUUGCUCUUCUAGCUCGUCUUCGUCCUCCUGGAAUAUGACUUAAGGUCCCGAGCCGUAGCAAAUGGAUGUGCGUAGGAUGGAUUUUGGAUGCUGAUAUAGUUAUAGUGCGUCCUGACUUCGAUAUAAAAGCAGAAUGCGUCCCGCUCUGAUUGCGCGUCGGGGUCGUCGUUGCUACAAACUGCCAUUACAACAAGAUGUAUGAGCAGCAUGACUUACGAUUAGCAUUAAUUACUUAAGUACAUUAACACGAAAGGAGAGGCAUUACAUCAUAUCUACUAUGCUAUAACAAGAAAUCGAUUCGUUCUCAGAUUUCUUUUUUAUGUAUGUAUAUGGCGAUGCAAAUUAAUAUUUCCGGCCUAUAUUAGCGACUCUUCUCGAUCUUUUCAUUUAUCAAAAGUGCGAACGACCUGCUUGGUUUUCAAAUUAUUAAAUAUUGCCAUUUGAUUUGUUCUAUGCAGUUUCCGACAUUUAGUAUUUAACACGAUUUGACGUAAUUGAUACCCAACAGACACAAUAAAAAUAGUUCUAUAUAUGUUUUUAAA